AGCAAACGCCGCUUUGGUUUGGACCAAGCACUCCCGCGUUACUGUAUGUGCCCCCGGGUUCGCCGUCUGACUCAGAAAGGUGUCUGGCUUACAACUUGGACCUCUUGACCUCGUUUAGAAGGGUUGCAGACACGCUACUACGACAGUGGCGGCCUGCACCGAGGCUGAUGCGUUGUGGCAUUCUGACUGAUAUCCCGGUGCCCGCGAUCAUAGCCUGGGUAUCUUUUACCAUCACUGCCAGUGUAAGAGCAUGAUAUUUCAUGGCUGUAACAUGACUUGAUCGAUACUGCCUGGGUAAUGAUUGAAGAGGCGGUCACUGGGGUUGGUUGAAGUCGUGCUUUGUUUGGCUAGGAUCCGAAGCACGCAAUCUGAUGCCAUGGUGAGCCACCACACUGUUGUCUACCAUCCCCUGUGAUCCGAUGGUUUACCGGUAGUAGAGACCCUAGAAGAGAGAGAUAUAUAUAUAUAUUGUUUUUCGCUUUUUAAUGUAUUUGUGUAAUCAUCGUUCUGGAGGCGACAGGUAGAAUGGAGGCCCGACAAAUCAAGUCGGUGGCCAUUAUCGGCGCCGGCGCGGCAGGAGCCGCAGCAGCAGCGGCCUUUGGGGCAGAGGAAUGCUUUGACACGAUACGAGUCUUUGAGAGGCGCCACAGCGCGGGAGGGACAUGGAUCUAUGAUAAAAACCCUAAGACAGAUGUCCAACUCGUGCCGGGAGCCUUGCCACCGGAUAUUGAUCGUCCGUUAAAGAUCCCAGAUCAGUUGCCCACGACGACUGCGCCAACUCCAAAGGAGCGAUACGAACAAACUCCGAUAUAUGAUGAGUUGACAACGAAUGUUCCAGCCAUCGCCAUGUCCUUCUCUGAUAUACCGUUUCCGUAUGGGCCUUUCACGCCGCAUUGGAUACCAAGGCAAUACAUAGAAGGUUAUUUUUCGUCCCAUCGAACCGAUUCAUACCUGGUUUUGAAUACCACUGUCGAAGAUGUAUCCCGUCUCCCUGCAAAGACAAGCUCAGGCUUGGAUAAGUGGAAACUUGUCCUUCGGCAAUAUGACACCGUGAAGCAAGCGGACGUCUGGUGGGAGGAAGUCUUCGACUCGGUAAUCAUUGCCAACGGGCAUUAUUCGAUACCAUUUGUACCGCCAGUCACCGGUUUGUCGGAGUAUCUCAAAACAUUCCCCGGAAGAGUUUCGCAUUCGAAAACAUACCGCACCCCAGAGGCAUACCGAGGUACGCGAGUCAUCGUGAUUGGGAACUCCGCGUCCGGCCACGAUAUCACAACCGCGCUUGUGAAAGUUGCUCGACUUCCUGUCUAUCAAUCACGACGGUCUCGAUCUCGAUGGGACGGCGACGAGCCUCCAGACGGCAUAGAGUGGAAACCUGUGAUCAAAGAGUACAGGAACAACGGCGAUGUCGUCUUUGACGAUGACUCGGUGCUAUCUUCGGUAGAUGCUAUCAUCUACUGUACCGGUUACCGCCCUUCCUUUCCAUUCUGGAACAGCCAGGCAAAUGGCAGACCUCUCUUCGAUUAUCGCGAAAACAGGCUCAUUGGAAAUUACCUGCAUACUUUCCUUCGGGAUUUCCCUACCCUGGGUAUCGUGGGAAUGCCUCGUGUUCUGACAUUCAGAUCGUUUGAGUAUCAAGCCAUUGCUCUUGCGAGGCUCUUCGCCGGGAGAAAUGCCAUCCCGCUGCCGCCUCGAGAAGUUCAAAGGCGUUGGGAGGAGAACCGCGCGGAGUUGGUCAGGCGAGAGAGAAGAAAGUUCCACGACAUACCAUGGGAUAACGGGGAGACCAUGCAAUGGCUACGUCUGCUCUUUGAAAUGGCCGGACUGCCGAAACUAGAAGGCACGGGGAGGUGUCCACCCAUCCUGAACCGUGAAACCAGGUGGGCUAUUGAAAAUAUCAAGAAAUAUCCGGAGCGUGGGAGCGGGAAUAAAGAACCGAGAUCCCGUGCUCCGCAAGAUCCAGAAGCUGAGGAGCAUACUGAUGCUGACUGGGUGGUCUUGAGUGCGGACGAGGUGAAGGAUACUCUCCAUCUCAUAUAGGAAUAGAGUGUCUGGCACGAGAGCUGCAGUGUGAAGUGAAUUGCACUUUGGAAGUCAUUAGAGAGCCUUGGACUAGCGCAUUUCCGGAUGACGGGGACUAGAACUUGCUUUAACCAAUUCGGGCUGCAGAUGCACCAUGGGUAUUUUGAUUGGCUGUGUGUUCUGUCUGCCCUUGGCAGGAAAUUUUAGGACUUGGUUUAACUGCGCCG